AUUUCACGGAACGCAAGGCAAUUAUGGUUUCCUCUAGAUUACUUUUCUUCCUCUCUGCCAUCUUCUUACUCACUGCUCAAGCAGUAGCGCAGACGGCGGACUUCCUUUAUCAUUUCUGUUUAAACGACAAUGGAAACUACACCGCUAACAGUACCUAUGAGAGAAACCUCAACCACCUCCUCUCCUCCUUCUCCUCCAACACAGAAAUUGACUAUGGCUUCUACAAUUCCUCUUAUGGCCAAAACUCUGACCAAGUAUCUGCAAUUGGACUUUGCAGAGGAGAUGUUAACCCAGAUGAUUGCCGUGGUUGCCUCAAUAUAUCUACGUCUCUUCUCAAGCAGCACUGCCCCAAUCAGAAGGAGGCAAUUGGAUGGUUCGACCACUGUAUGUUACGAUACUCAAAUCGCUCCAUUUUGGGCGUGGAGGAAAAUAGUCCAAGUUUCUAUAUGUGGAACACGAACAACGUAUCGGCAAAUUACGAUCAAUUCAAAGAUGAUCUUAGGAAAUUGUUGGAAAGCCUAAGAAGUGAAGCUGUAGCAGGUGGUUCUCUUCGUAAGUUUGCAGCAGGAAACGCAACGGCACCAAACUUUCAAACAUUAUAUGCACUUGUGCAGUGCACGCCUGAUUUGUCUGAGCUAGAAUGCAACAAUUGUUUAGCUGGGGCUUUCCAAGAUAUUCCAAACUGUUGUGAUGGGAAGCAAGGUGGGAGAGUCAUUAGUCCCAGCUGUAGUACGAUAUUUGAUGUCUACCAGUUCUAUAACUCGACAGCGGCUACGUCACCCCCAUCGUCUCCAGUAGCACCACCAGUAUCUCCACCAGUAUCUCCUCCGCCACCAUUGACCAACACGAAUACAACAAAAGGUGGAAGCAAAAUCUUAAAAGUAACGAUAGUCGCCAUUGUUGCUCCAAUCGUUGUGUCUGUGGUGCCAUUCCUUCUGGGCUAAUGUCUCUUCCAAAUUGGAUUACUCGAACUAAUCCAUCCAAUCUGUUUAGAGUGAUAAUUAUAAAUCCCCGUGUGAUAUUUUGGAGAAUUAAUGAACAAUUUAUGAGCUAAGAUUUUAUUCAUCAAUAUUAU